AUGACUUUAGCGCUCACAACUCCCGUAUUCAUGCCCCCCUUCAAUCUUUACCGCCAAAAUACGCCCACUGCAACAGUGAUAUCAGCCAACCCGACUGCCACCACUCUCCAAAUUGUCUGCCUGGGCCGAGAAUGUGACAGUACAACUAUCAAUAACACCGUUGUCGUAGGACCAUGGGCUGACAAGACCGUCGCCAAGGGCGCUGCCUCUACGGGCACGUUUCACUGGAUGGUAUCCGUGGCCGACUUUGGAGUCAGCUCAAUCGAGUGCCUUGUGAGCAGUGGAACAGCACAAGCUUGUACAACAGCUGUUCUAGCGGAUGGUGAGGGUUUUAAAAAGACUGCCACGGGUUUGGCAGAGAUUACAGAGGCGUUUGAACUAUCCUUCUCAUCGGUACCUGUUGUUAUCACUGAGGGACAGGAUUUGAUCAAAUCAACUCAGGCCACAGCUACUGCUACGGAAGAAACAAGCUCUGCUCGAACUACAGGGAACGAGAGUGCUGUGAGGGAUGGACCAACAGCUACUGGAAGCUCGACUGAUACUUCGUCGCCGCGAGAGACCAAUGGGGCAACUUCGAGCGCUAUCCGAAACAUUGGUGUUAUGAUCAUAGCUGGGCUCGCUUCCGCGAUUGUGCAGGCUUAG